GUUGCUUCACCUCAGUUCCACAAAUUCCUCUGAACAGAGCAGUUCCAGGCUGUGACAACACCUUCAAGGCAAGACAACUAUCAUGGAGAAAGGACAAGGACCCCCUCCCCAAAUUCCAGCACCACCUUACCCUGGCCCUCCUAUGGGAAUUGCACCUGCAGUUCAACCUGCUCAACAGCCUGCUUACCAAUACAAUGCACAGCAGCCAGUGACAGUUCAACCUGUGACCCAGGUGGUGGUGGUGAACCCAAACCAGUUGGAAGACGUUCCUGGACAUAUGGCUUGUCCUUAUUGCCACAAUAACAUUAUCACUCGAACUGAACACACAAACGGUCUUCUGACAUGGGUGAUCUGCGGCACACUCGGAAUCUUCCUCAUCUGGCCUUGCUGCUUGAUCCCCUUCUGCGUGAAUUCUUGCAAAGACGUGGAACACUACUGCCCCAUCUGUAACAACGUCAUUUACAGAUACAAACGCUUGUGAGCAGAACUGCAUUGUAAAACCUUCAGAUCACAUCAUCUUGAAGGCAGCACUCCUGUGUCAUAUGGUUAUUCCUGUAUUACUGCAUUGUCUAUAUACUUAGCUACACUACCUUAUGUGACAUAAGAGUGAACUUCAUUAUCUGGACUUUAACCAAUUCAUAUGCCAACAUACACGUAUAUUUUCUAUAAUUAAUAUAAUGUUCCAGCAUAUCAGUAGAUGAAUAUAAGAACAUAAGAAUGUGAUCUAAUAGAAAUGUGAUAUUUCAGACAUAAAUGUUGUGUGUCAUAACAACUUGAGAUGUAUCUUGUGUGUUUUUUAAUUUUAGAUAUGUUUGUGAAAAUGUCAAAAAUGAAAAUAUUUUAUAAAUAUGAAUGUCAUGUUUGCUUCAAAGAUUCAAUCAAUUGAUCAGCUUGUCAUUGGGUUUUUCUCUUAAACCCUUGGCAGUUGCACUGAGAAGUUAUAUUUUUCUACUUUAGAGCAUAAAAUGAGAAUAAACAACAAAAACAAUAGUGCAAUAGUGCAAUAGUGGAAAAUGCAAUCAAGGUGUCAUACCGAAUUUUAUAUUUACAAUUGAACAGAAAUCAUAUGCACCACUUUUAUGAUGAUUAAUAAGAUUUACUAAUUACUGUAUUCAGUAAAAGUAAGAUGAAGAAAGAAAUACACAAUAACCAAAACAAUUAAGCAUUGUAUUUCUUCUCAGUAAUCAGAAUUGCAUCACUUUUUGGGUCACUGUUUAGAAUUAAGCAUGAAAGAUGUGUCCACCUCUAUUUUUGUGAUAAAUCAAACAACAAACACACACACACACACACACACACACACACACACACACACACACACACACACACACACACACACACACCUUUUUGUUUUGUGACCUGUUCUGUGUUCAAUGUUGUGACAUUGUUUAUUGUCUAUAAAUUGUGUUGCCAUAGUUUGGGAUAGUGACCACGAGAUGGCACUGUGACACAGCUAAGGGAGUUUACUAGUCGAGUCCAGUGCAAUGCAUUGCUGUUGUUGUGCUUUGUGUUACAGCUUAAAUAAAAGACAGUUUAAUGAGGACCUACA